AUGGAUUUGGAUCAAUGGAUUUCGAAGGUUAAAGAAGGCCAACAUCUCUCUGAGGACGAGCUUCAGCUUCUAUGCGAAUACGUGAAAGAGAUUCUCAUCGAGGAAUCAAAUGUACAACCUGUCAACAGUCCAGUCACCGUCUGUGGUGAUAUCCAUGGCCAGUUUCAUGAUCUAAUGAAGCUUUUCCAGACCGGAGGCCAUGUUCCCGAGACAAACUACAUUUUUAUGGGAGAUUUCGUUGAUAGAGGUUACAACAGUCUUGAAGUUUUCACUAUUCUUUUGCUUCUUAAAGCAAGACAUCCAGCUAAUAUCACACUUUUGCGUGGAAAUCAUGAAAGCAGACAGCUAACUCAGGUGUAUGGUUUCUAUGACGAAUGCCAAAGGAAGUACGGUAAUGCUAAUGCAUGGAGAUAUUGCACGGAUGUUUUUGACUAUCUUACACUCUCAGCUAUUAUAGAUGGCACUGUUCUAUGUGUUCAUGGUGGCCUUUCACCUGACGUACGGACAAUUGACCAGAUAAGACUGGUUGAGCGGAAUUGCGAAAUCCCGCAUGAAGGACCGUUCUGUGAUCUUAUGUGGAGCGAUCCUGAAGAUAUUGAAACAUGGGCUGUCAGUCCUCGUGGAGCUGGUUGGCUUUUCGGGUCCCGAGUUACUACUGAGUUUAACCAUAUAAACAAUCUCGAUCUAGUAUGUCGUGCACACCAGCUUGUACAAGAAGGUCUCAAAUACAUGUUCCAAGAUAAAGGCCUCGUAACUGUGUGGUCUGCGCCUAACUACUGCUACCGCUGUGGGAAUGUGGCGUCUAUAUUGAGUUUCAAUGACAACAUGGAAAGGGAAGUGAAGUUCUUUACGGAGACGGAAGAAAACAAUCAAAUGAGAGGGCCAAGAACAGGUGUUCCUUAUUUCCUGUGA